GGAGUAAAACCGAAGUAUUUGUCCUUACAAGCGCGCCAACUAUAAAAACCUCCAAGAUUUGACAUCAACCUCCAGUCGAAUUCAGAAUUGGUCGGGAAUUACCUCUGAGGGGUUAGCCUGACAACCACCGUGUGCUUUGAAGUGCUUCGAGAAAAUCCGGAAAUUUUUCCCUGAGAAAAAUGCCGCCCCAAGAGAAGGUGGUUCAGCCCCAAUCGGGGGAGGCGGAUGGCGGCCUGGAGCUGGCGGCCAAACCCUCCCCGUUGGCGUACACGAACCAGGCCUUCGUGAGCGAUACAUCGAACAAUAAUGACCAUCCGAAGGAUGGUAAGAAAAUCGAGGAGACUUCGAGGAAAAAUGACGAGGAAAAACCGUUCGAAUUCGACGAUCUGCUGCCUUAUAUUGGAGAGUUUGGGAUCUAUCAGAAAAUUCUUUUUCUGAUGAUGAUACCCUUCGCGUUCAGUGUCGCGUUCGUAUAUUUCACCCAGAUUUUCAUUACCGUCAUCCCCGACGGACACUGGUGCUGGGUGCCUGAGUUGGCUAAUCUAACUGUAGAACAAAGAAAACUUUUGGCCAUACCCCUCAAGGGGCAAGAAUUUGAUAAAUGCCGCAUGUACGAUGUGAAUUUCGAAGAUUUGCUGAAGAUCGACAUUCUCAAACCGGACCCUUCUUGGCCUGUCAAGUCAUGUCAAAAUGGAUGGGAAUAUGACUUCACUGAUCAGCCCUACACAUCAAUUGCUACAGAGCAAAAUUGGGUCUGUGAGAAUGCAGCGCUACCCCAUACAGCUCAAGCCAUAUUCUUCGGAGGGGCUAUACUUGGUGGGUUGAUUUUUGGAUGGUUGGCCGAUAGGUUUGGCCGGCUACCAGCCCUUGUAGGUUCCAAUCUGGUUGGGUUCGUCAGUGGUAUAGCUACCACGUGGUGUAGCUCGUUCUUGGGCUUCUGCAUCUGCAGGUUUCUGGUGGGAUUGGCCUUCGACAACUGUUUCACAAUGAUGUACAUUUUGGUGUUAGAGUAUGUGGGACCAAAAUGGAGGACUUUCGUUGCCAACAUGUCCAUCGCAAUCUUCUUCACCUUUGCCGCAACUGUUUUACCAUGGAUAGCCUACUAUCUGGCUGAUUGGAAAUUGCUCUGUUAUGUGACAUCUGCACCUUUGCUCGUUUCUGUACUGGCUGCCUGGUUCAUACCAGAGUCUGCAAGAUGGCUCACAUCCCAAGGUAAAUUCGACAAAGCUAUUGGAAUACUCAGAAGAUUCGAGAAAAUUAACAGAAGGACUGUAGAUGAGAGCGUUUAUGAUAAAUUCAAGUCUAGCUGUUUGAAGAUACAGAAGGAAGAGGAGAUGGAGAAGACCUACACCGUUUUCGAUCUGUUCAGGACGCCACGUCUGAGAAGGAUCACCCUUGUUCUCAUCAUAUUGUGGAUGUGCAUUUCGUUGGUCUUUGACGGUCAUGUGAGAAACGUCGGUUCUCUUGGAUUGGACUUGUUCUUAACCUUCACCAUCGCAAGCUUCACUGAGUUCCCGGCUGACACGUUCCUGACCAUGGUUUUGGACGUAUGGGGGAGGAGAUGGUUGGCUUUUGGUUCGAUGGUGGUCAGCGGAGUGUUCAGCCUUCUAGCUACAACUGUUCCAAUCGGAAUUCCUAGUGCGACUUUGGCCAUUAUUGGUAGGUUUGCAGUGAACAUAUCAUACAAUAUUGGUCUUCAGUAUGCUGCGGAAUUGCUGCCAACAGUUGUUAGAGCACAAGGUGUCGCCUUGAUCCAUAUCAUGGGUUAUGUUGCUAGUAUUUUGGCUCCGUUCGUAGUUUACUUGGCUAACAUAUCACCAUCCCUUCCUCUGCUUAUUUUGGGAAUCCUGGGCAUAGUUGGAGGAGUUCUUGCACUGUUUCUUCCAGAAACUUUGGACCAGGAACUUCCCCAAACUCUACAGGAUGGAGAAUCCUUCGGUAUGGACCAAGGAAUGUGGGAUUUCCCUUGCAUCAAAAAGAACGAUGACGUAGAAAGCGUGGGAAGUUUCAAGAGAGCCACGUCCACAAGAGGUUCCCUGAGAGCUUCUGGUAGAGGUGAAAUCAGGUCUAGCAUGGUGAACAGGUCGUCUGUUCGAUCUAGGGCAAUUCCAGAAAACCAAAGUGUAUGAUAAAAUAUUCCUAAAUACCUUCAGAUGGUACUGAAGCCAUCGAUCAGACUGUGGUACAAUUUUUGUUGUUUUAUUUUAAUAUUCCUAUUGUACAUAUCUUUUCAUCUACAUGUAGAGAUUUUAUCGAAUUCUUGUAAACGUGAUAUAUAUUUAGUUUUAUUUAUAUAAGUUAUUGUAAUUUAAUGAUAUAAUAAACCCAUAUUGAAAUUGAAUAUAAA